GAAGGAGCCAGGAAUCGCCACUGCUAUAUAAAUCCAGCAAAAGCUGUCUGCAGUGGUUACAGUGUGUCUUACUGUCAAACAUCUCUCUUGCAUACACACACACACACACACUCAGGAGUGCUCACACAAACUUUAGAAGACAAGAAAACUUCCUCAGUUUUGACAGAAGAACAGCAACAAGGUGGGAGAUUUUUAAUUUAUUUAAUGGAGGCUGUCCACGGUAGGAGCUAAUACCCAUCCACGUCUGGAAGAGGAACAUCACUAUUUCGGGAAGAGAAAGGAAGAUCCACUUGGCCUUCAGCCAGACCACUAAAUUCCUGCUUCAACUGGUGAAAGCAAAACAGCAAUUAAGAUUGCGGCCACGUCCCUAAAGAGCUGAAAUCCAUCAUGGGGGCCCUUACCCGGGUGCUGGCCUGCACACUCAUAGUCUUGCUCUGCUGCCUGGCAGAUGGUGGCCUCAUCAAGAAGAUCAUCCGGCACAAGCGGCAGAGCGGGGAAAAUAUCACGAUGUCAGAGGACAGUGAGCCAGUGGUGUUUAACCACAUCUAUAACAUCAAGUUGCCUGUAGGAUCUCACUGCUCAGUGGACCUGGACGCCCCCAGUGGGGACAAGAACCUGGUCUCGGAGGACGAGCCAGGGAACCACUUCCAGGAGCACACCAUGAAUCAGGAGAACCAGAUUGUCUUCACUCAUCGCAUCAACAUCCCCCGGCGGGCCUGUGGCUGCGCCGCAGCCCCCGACAUCAAGGAUCUGCUGAGCAGACUGGAGGAGCUGGAGGGGCUGGUGUCCUCCUUGAGAGAGCUGUGUGCCACUGGGGCAGGCUGUCGACCACAGCCCGCAGAAGGUCGCCUAGACACAACACCUUUCUGCAAUGGCCGGGGAAACUACAGCACAGAAAGCUGCGGCUGCAUCUGUGAGUUGGGCUGGAAGGGCCCCAACUGCUCAGAGCCGGACUGCGUCGGCAACUGCAACAACAGAGGCCAGUGCAUCAACGGGCAGUGCAUCUGCGAUGACGGCUUCAUGGGCGAAGACUGCAGUCAGCCCGCCUGCCCCAAUGACUGCAACGAUCAGGGAAAAUGCAUCAGCGGGGUCUGUGUGUGCUUCGAUGGGUACACCGGCCCAGACUGUAACGAGGAGGUCUGUCCCCUGCCCUGCAGCGAGCACGGUAGGUGCGUGAAUGGACAGUGCGUGUGUCAUGAGGGCUUCUCCGGGGAGGACUGCCAGGAGCCUCUGUGCCUCAACAACUGCUACAACCGUGGGCGCUGCGUGGAGAACGAGUGCGUGUGUGAUGAGGGCUUCACGGGUGACGACUGCAGCGAGUUGAUCUGCCCCAAUGACUGCUACGACCGGGGCCGCUGCAUCAACGGGACCUGCUUCUGCGAGAAAGGAUUUACAGGAGAAGACUGUGGCCAGCGCAUGUGCCCCAACGACUGUAACCGGCACGGCCGCUGCGAGGAAGGGCAGUGUGUCUGUGAUGACGGGUUCACGGGGGAUGACUGCAAUGAAAGGAGGUGCCCUGGGGACUGCAGCGACCACGGCCGCUGCAUCCAUGGGCAGUGUGUGUGUAACGAGGGCUACACUGGGGAGGACUGCAGUGCCCUGAGAUGCCUCAAUGACUGCAACAACCACGGACGCUGCAUAGCCGGAAAGUGCGUAUGCGAGCCGGGCUUCGUGGGGCACGACUGCGGGGACAUGCAGUGCCCCGGGGACUGUCACCAGCAUGGACGCUGCGUGAACGGAAUGUGCGUAUGUGAUGAGGGGUACAUGGGUGAGGACUGCCACGAUCAGAGGUGCCCCAAAGACUGCCACGGCCGGGGCCGCUGUGCCGAUGGCAAGUGCGUGUGUGAUGAAGGGUUUGCCGGAGAAGACUGUGGAGAGCUGAGUUGCCCGAACGACUGCCAUCAGCAGGGGCGCUGUGUGAAUGGCCAGUGUGUGUGCCACGAGGGCUUCGAGGGCAAGGACUGCAAAGACCCCAGGUGUCCCCACGACUGCCACCACCAGGGACACUGUGUCCACGGCCAGUGUGUCUGCCAUGACGGGUUCCAGGGUGUCGACUGCCGGGAACGGUCCUGCCUGAAUGACUGCAGCCACCACGGCCAGUGCGUUGAUGGUCACUGUGUCUGCAACGACGGUUAUAUGGGUGAAGACUGCUCAGAAGUAUCCCCUCCCAAGGACCUGAUUGUCACUGAAGUGACAGAACAGACUGUCAACUUAGCGUGGGACAAUGAGAUGAAGGUCACGGAAUAUCUCAUCACCUACACCCCCACGCACAUGGAUGGUUUGGAGAUGAAGUUUAGGGUGCCUGGAGAUCAGACCUCCACCACCAUCCGGGAGCUGGAGCCUGGCGUGGAAUAUUUCAUCCGGGUCUUUGCCAUCCUUGAGAACAAGCAGAGCAUUCCGGUUAGCGCCAGGGUGGCCACAUAUCUUCCAGCUCCGGAAGGCUUAAAGUUCAAAUCAGUUAAAGAAACUUCUGUGGAAGUGGAGUGGGACCCUCUGGAUAUCGCCUUUGAAAAGUGGGAAAUCAUCUUCAGGAACAUGAACAAAGAUGAUGGGGAAGAGAUCACCAGGAGUUUAAGAAGACCAGAGACGACCUACCAGCAAACAGGUCUGGCUCCCGGCCAGGAGUACGAGAUCUCCCUGCAUAUCGUGAAGAAUAACACACGUGGACCUGGCCUCAAGAGGGUGACCACCACAAGAUUGGAUGCUCCCAGUCAGAUAGAGGUGAAAGAUGUCACGGACACCACCGCUCUGAUCACUUGGUUCAAGCCUUUAGCUGAAAUUGACACCAUUGAGCUCUCAUAUGGCACUAAAGGUGUUCCUGGAGAUGUUACCACCAUAGAGUUCUCCAGCGAUGAAAACCAGUAUUCUAUUGAUAACCUGAAACCAGACACCGAAUAUGAGGUGUCACUCAUCUCGAGACGAGGAGAUAUGACUCCAAGUAAUCCAGCAAAAGAAACAUUCACCACAGGUCUGGAUGCCCCCAGGAAUCUAAAACGGGUCUCCCAGACUGACAGUAGCAUCACCUUGGAGUGGAAGAAUGGGAAAGCUGACAUUGACAAUUACAGAAUCAAAUUUGCUCCUAUCGCUGGAGGGGACCAUGCCGAGCGGGAUGUGCUGAAGAGCAAGCAACCUACAACCAGAGUCACACUCACAGAUUUAAGACCCGGAACUGAAUACGGUAUUGGAGUGACUGCAGUCAAGAAUGACAAAGAAAGUAACCCUGCCACCAUUAAUGCUGCUACUGAUUUGGAUGCCCCUAAAGAACUUCAGGUUUCAGAACAUACCGAGACCUCCCUGUCUCUGCUGUGGAGAAGACCUCUGGCCAAAUUUGACCGUUAUCGCCUCACCUACAAUUCCUCUUCUGGGAAACACCAUGAAAUGGAGUUGCCAGGGGGCACAAGUUCUUAUGUUCUGAGAGGUCUGAAUCCUGGCAUCGACUAUUCUAUAAACCUGGUAGCUGAGAAAGGAAGACACAAGAGCAAGGCAGCUCGAGUGAAGGGUGCAACAGAGAAGACAUCUGAGCUGCGAGAUUUAUCGGUGUUAGAGGUUAGCUGGGAGGCCCUCCAAGUCAACUGGACAGCAGCUGAUGGGGCCUAUGAGGAGUUUGUCAUUCAGGUGCAGGAGCCUGACAAUCCGGAGGAGGCUAAGAAUGUCACGGUACCUGGUGUCUUGAGAUCUGUGGACAUUAUUGGGCUCAAGGCUGCUACACCUUAUAAAGUCACUGCUUAUGGGGUAAAUCAGGGCUACCGCACAAAGCCCCUGUCUGCUGAAGCCUCCACAGUGGAAACACCCAAGCUGGGAGAUUUAACGGUGUCAGAGGUUAGCUGGGAGGCCCUCAAAGUCAACUGGACGGCACAAGGUGGGGCCUAUGAGAAGUUUGUCAUUCAGGUGCAGGAGGCUGACAAUCUGGAGGAGACUAAGAAUGUCACGGUGCCGGGCGUCUUGAGAUCUGUGGACAUGACUGGACUCAAGGCUGGCACACCUUACAGAAUCACCAUCUAUGGGUUGAUUCGGGGGUUCACCACAAAACCACUAUCUGCUGAAAGUAUUACAGAGCAAGUGCCAGAGCUGGGAAACCUGAUGGUGUCAGAGCUUAGCUGGGAAUCCCUCCAAGUCAACUGGUCAGCUGCUGAUGGGGCCUUUGAGCACUUUGUCCUGGCUGUUCAGGAGGCUGGCAGUCUGGGAGGAUCUCACCAUCUCACCAUCCCUGGUGGCCUGCGGUCGGUACAUGUCACUGGCCUUCAGGGGGGAGCAUCAUAUAGAAUCACACUACAUGGUGUGACCGGAGGCCUCAAUACUGUACCCCUUACUGCUGAAGUGAUGACAGAGGAAGCACCUCAUCUGGGAAGAUUAACAGUCUCAGACAUUAGCUGGGAGGCUCUCAAACUCAACUGGACAUCUGAUGUGCCCUUUGAGAACUUUGUCAUUCAGGUGCAGGAGUUUCAUGAUCCAGAGGAAACCCAGAAUCUCACAGUCCCUAGUGGACUGACCUCCUUGGAAGUUUCAGGCCUCAAGGCAUCAACACCUUACAGAAUCACCUUGUAUGGUGAGAUUGGAGGCUACACUUCCGAACCCCUUUCAGCUCAAGCCACCACAGAGGAGGCACCUGAACUGGGAGAGGUAACGGUAUCAGAGGUUAGCUGGGAGGCCCUCCAAGUCAACUGGACAGCAGCCGAUGGGGACUAUGAGGAGUUUGUCAUUCAGGUGCAGGAGGCUGACAAUCUGGAGGUACAGAAUCUCACAGUCCCUGGAGGACUGAGAUCUGUGGAUGUGACUGGGCUCAAGGCUGCCACUCUCUAUAAAGUCACCAUCUUCGGGUUGAUUCAGGGCUACAGAACAAAUCCCCUAUCUGCUGAAGCUUCCACAGCAAAGGAACCAGAAGUUGGGAAUUUAACCAUUUCCAGCAUAACACAUGAAAGCUUCAACCUCUCCUGGACAGCACCUGAUGAGGCUUUUGAGACUUUUACCAUUGAAAUUAUUGAUUCCAAUAGGUUGCUGGAACCCCUGGAAUUCAACAUCUCAGGCACUUUACGGACCAUGCAUAUCUCAGGGCUUUUCCCCCAAACUGAUUUCAUUGCCUACCUCUCUGGAGUCGCGCCUGGGGUCCAUACACAAGCAAUAAGUGCUGCAGCUACUACAGUAGCUGAACCACUCCUUAGCCAAUUCACUGCCACCAAUGUUACUUCAGGCAGCGUGUCACUGUCGUGGAAAGCUCGGGAUGCUGCUUUUGAUAGCUUUGUUUUAGAAGUUAGGAAUUCUGACAUCCCUCUGGACUCCGAGGUACACACAGUACCUGGAGCCUUAAGAAACUCCGUAAUCACCAACCUCAGAGCUUCCACUAAUUAUACUAUCCAACUUCAUGGGCUGAUGGACGGGCAGAAUGCUCAGACCCUGACGGCCCAGGCAACCACAGAGCCAGAACCUCAGUUGGGCACGAUAACUCUUACCAAUGUUACCCCUGACAGCUUCAACCUUUCAUGGACCACAAGCGUCGGGCCUUUUGCAAAGUUUGUUAUCCAUGUUAGAGAUUCUCACUCCCUGUUCGAGUCCCAGGAAUACACGGUCCCAGGAGAGGCCCGCAGCACUCCCAUCACAGGCUUGGUAGAUUAUACUGGCUAUGACAUUAGCAUUAGGGGAUGGACCUUGGCUGGGGACUUCACUGAGCCUCUGACUGCCUUUAUCACCACAGAGGCCUUGCCCCCACUGGAAAACCUAACCAUUUCCAACAUUAAUCCUUACGGGUUCACAAUCUCCUGGACGGCAUCGGAGAAUGCCUUUGACAGCUUUUUAGUAACCGUGGUGGAUUCUGGCAAGCUCCUGGACCCCCAGGAGUUCCUGCUUCCAGGAGCCCAGCGGCAACUGGCGCUUAAAGGCCUCAUAACUGGCAUUGGCUAUGAGGUUGUGCUUUACGGCUUGGCACAAGGGCAUCAAACAAGGCCCUUGAGUGCUGGGGUUGUUACAGAAGCAGAACCCGAAGUCGACAACCUUCUAGUUUCAGAUGCUAUCCCGGAUGGCUUCCGGCUGUCUUGGACGGCUGAUGAAGGGGCCUUCGACAAUUUUGUUCUUAAAAUCAGGGAUACCAAAAGGCAGUCUGACCCACUGGAAAUCACUGUACUAGCUUCUGAGCGUACCAGAGAUAUAACAGGUCUCAAAGAGGGCACAGAGUAUGAUAUUGAACUAUAUGGAAUAAUCAAUGGACGGAGAUCCCAGCCAGUAAAUGCUGUGGCAACAACAGCUGUGGGAGCACCAAGAGAGAUUUCCUUCUCUGACAUCACGGACAACUCCGCCACGGUCAGCUGGACACCUCCGAGGGCACAGGUUCAGGGUUACCGGAUCACCUAUGUCCCUAUUAGAGGAGGUUCUCCCUCAGUGGUAACAGUUGAUGGGACAGUGACACAGACACCCUUGGUGAAGCUGAUCCCUGGAGUCGAAUACCUUGUGAGCAUCAUCUCGAUCAAGGGGUUUGAGGAAAGCGAACCCAUCUCUGGAUCCCUCACUACAGCUUUGGACAGUCCAUCUGGCUUGGUAGCAGCAAAUGUCACGGACUCAGAGGCAUUGGCUAUGUGGCAGCCUGCGAUCGCCACUGUGGAGAAUUACGUGAUCUCCUAUGUGGGAGGAAAUGAGCCUGAAGUGACUCGGACAGUAUCUGGUAACACAGUGGAAUAUGCUUUGAGUGACCUGGAGCCAGCCACUGAUUAUACACUCAGGAUCUUUGCAGAAAAGGGACCACUGAAGAGUUCGAUCCUAACCACCAAAUUCACAACAGACCUCGAUUCUCCAAGAGAUUUAAUUGCCUCGGAGGUUCAGUCAGAAGCAGCUCUGUUGAGCUGGAGACCUCCACGGGCCUCAGUCACUGGCUACCUUCUGAUCUACCAGUCCGUGGAUGGCACCAUCAAGGAGGUCGUCGUGGGACCCGACACAAACACCUACAGCCUCACUGACCUGAACCCAUCCACUCAUUACACAGCAAAGGUCCAGGCACUGAACGGAGACCUAAAGAGCAAGAUCAUCCAGACCUUCUUCACCACCAUUGGACUCCUCUACCCUUACCCCAAGGACUGUUCUCAGACAAUGCUGAAUGGCGAGACCACCUCCGGCCUCUACACAAUUUACCUGAAUGGAGAUAAGGCCCAGGCCAUCGAGGUCUUCUGUGACAUGACUUCUGAUGGAGGUGGAUGGAUUGUAUUUCUGAGACGCAGCAAUGGAAGACAAGAUUUCUAUCAGAACUGGAGGACCUAUGCUGCAGGAUUUGGGAAUCGCAGAGAUGAAUUCUGGCUAGGGUUGGAUAACCUCCACAAAAUCACUGCCCAGGGCCAGUAUGAACUGCGGGUGGAUCUGCAAGAUCGAGGAGACACAGCCUAUGCCAUCUACAACAAGUUCAGCAUUGGAGACUCUAAGAGCCGUUACAAGCUCAACGUGGAAGGAUACAGCGGGACAGCAGGUGACUCCAUGACUUAUCACACCGGACGCUCUUUCUCCACAUAUGAUAAAGACACAGACUCUGCCAUUACCAACUGUGCUUUGUCCUAUAAAGGAGCCUUCUGGUACAAGAAUUGUCACCGAGUCAAUCUGAUGGGUAGAUAUGGUGAUAAUAGUCACAGCCAGGGAGUGAACUGGUUCCACUGGAAAGGCCAUGAACAUUCAAUCCAGUUUGCCGAGAUGAAAUUGAGACCUUCUAGCUUCCGGAACUUGGAAGGCAGGAGGAAGAGGGCAUGAAAUUGUCACGCUGCAGAGGGCACUGUCAGAGGGAAGGAAGUCUUGAGUUACAAAAGGAUCUUACCAAAGCAUCAGUGCCACUGGUCUAACCUGGCCCACCAGAGUCUUGAUGGAAGGCUUAGCCAACCACAGCAGCAGCUGGCACCAUACAGCAGCCCUCACACUCUCCACGGUAACAUCCUUCACACCAAAGACGACAAUCUCAAAAGGGUUUUUUAUUCUGUAUUUUUUGUUUUCUGCAGAAAUCUUCCAGUGACAUUCAUAUGUGUUCUUUUUACUCUUCGGUGGCUCUGGGGAGGGAUGGGGAGCAGGCUAUUCGUUGGUAGUUUGUUUUAGAACCAGCUGUAUUUUACACAAAUUGUAUUAUUAAUUAUCAUUAUUAUUAGCUAUAAUUAAAUGUUUGUCAUUGGAAGGCAUUUUUGUACAUUUUCUACAACCAAGACAGGAAAAAUGAUACAGUUUCAAUUUUAAGCAUAUGGUUAAUAUUAUUAAUAUAAUAAUAAUAAUAAUAAUGAUAAUAAUAAACUAAAUGUUUUUAAAGUGAUCCAUGCUUUCCAAAACACAGCAGGACAGUGUCUGAUUGUAUUUUUUUUUUAAAUAAAAGCACAAUUACUUUUAAAUGAA